UAUGAUUCAAAAUGGCGGCACCCAUAUUGAAGUGGAAGCGGGUGACAAAUACGACAGGCCCUGCUCCUCGGCCUCGUCAUGGCCACCGAGCUGUCGCAAUUAAAGAUUUAAUGAUCGUCUUCGGUGGAGGUAACGAAGGAAUCGUUGACGAACUCCAUGUCUACAACACAUCGACCAACCAAUGGUUCGUGCCCCCCGUGAAAGGAGAUAUCCCUCCAGGGUGCGCCGCUUACGGCUUUGUCUGCGAUGGCACCCGCCUGCUCGUCUUCGGAGGAAUGGUGGAGUAUGGGAAGUACUCCAAUGAGUUGUACGAGCUGCAGGCCAGCCGAUGGGAGUGGAAGCGACUGAAGCCACGACCCCCACGGGGGCCGCAGGGGCCCCCGUGCCCCCGUCUCGGACACAGCUUCACUCUCAUCGGGAGCCGGGCGUACCUCUUUGGUGGUCUGGCCAACGACAGCGACGAUCCCAAGAACAACAUUCCCAGGUACCUCAAUGAUCUGUACACCCUUGAGCUGCGUCCCUUCUCAAGUGCCAUGGCCUGGGAGAUGCCCCAGGUAUUUGGACAGCCUCCUCCUCCCAGGGAGUCCCACACUGCGGUCGCCUAUCACACCAAGGACGGGCGACAGGCCAGGCUUAUCGUGUACGGAGGCAUGAGCGGAUGCCGCCUGGGGGAUCUCUGGCAACUGGACGUCGAAUCCAUGACGUGGGCCAAGCCCGUGGUGACCGGCGUUCCGCCGCUGCCCCGGAGCCUCCACUCCGCCACCCUGAUCGGCCAGCGGAUGUUUGUCUUCGGCGGGUGGGUCCCCCUGGUGAUGGACGAGAACAAGGCCUCCACGCACGAGAAGGAGUGGAAGUGCACCAACACCCUGGCCUCUCUGAACCUGGAGUCCAUGAGCUGGGAACAGCUGGCCAUGGAAGUCUUCGAGGAAGCAGUCCCGCGCGCGCGGGCGGGGCACUGUUCCGUGGCCAUCAACUCGCGCCUGUACAUUUGGAGCGGUCGGGACGGCUAUCGUAAGGCCUGGAAUAAUCAGGUGUGCUGCAAGGACCUGUGGUACCUGGAGACGGAGAAGCCUCCGGCUCCGUCCAGGGUCCAGCUCGUGCGGGCCUCCACGGCGACGUUGGAGGUCUGUUGGGGAUCCGUUCCUACGGCGGACGCCUACUUGCUGCAACUACAACGUUACGACAUGCCUCCCGCAACGAGCAUGGCACCCUUGGCUACAACACCAACCAGCACCCCUACGCCUGCACCUGCGCCAGCUCCAGCACCUGCACCAGCACCCACCAUGCCAGCCCCGGUUGUUCGUCCACCAGUAGUGACUCCCCCGCGCGCCCCUGUCAUCUUGAAGCCCCCUCCGACCACCCCUGUCGCCAGGGCCCCCGGUACUGUGACGCUGGUGAGGACAAGAUCCCCUGGGGUUGCGGGUCAGCAACAGAUAAGGGUCAUAGCGACCACUCCGACGGGGCAACAGGUGGUGAAGACCGUCACCGGAACUCUUCCCGCAGGAGUGCAGGUGCAGCAGCAGCAACAGCCGACGUCGACCGCUCCGCAGCAGAUGUCCGGAAUGGCAGCCCUGGCUGCGGCUGCAGCGGCUACGCAGAAGAUCACCACAGUGAGCACGGCCGCCCCGACGACCCCCCAGGGCAUAAGGGUCGUUUCUCCGUCGGUGCUGGCGCAACAGGGGGUCAAGCUGAGCACCAUUCAAGGUGGAACCACGCAGACCGUGAGGCUUGCCGCCCCCGGCACACUUCUCAAGACCGCGGGGAAGCAGAUAAUCACCGUGCAGAAGGGCAACACUGGUGCCGCUCAGCCUCAGAUAGUCACUCUGGUUAAGACGACCCAGGGCGUAACGUUGGCAACAAUGCCCAAGGUGAGCCUGAUACAAGGCAAAGGCGGGGCGGUCCAGGCACAGCAGAUACAGGGCAAAGGCGUGAUACCUCAAGGAGCCACCAUCGUGAAGCUGGUGACGACGCAGGCUGGCGGAACAAAGCCCACCGUGGUGACCGGCAGUCCGGGCGUGCAGAAAGUAAUGACAACGGUGCUGCGUACAGUGCCCUCUAAUCUCGUGAGUGUCGCCAAGGCAGGGGCCACGGGCACCACCACCCUCUCGCCCGCGCCUCGACAGCAGACCAUCGUCAUAGCGGCUCCCAAGGGACAAGCUGCAAAGACAACAUCGGUGCUACCAGCUGGAGCACAGCUCAACACAGUGACUACUGCAGGAGGUGUGAAAAUGAUAGUGGUGUCAUCCUCUGGGCUUACUGGACAACAAGCGUUCACCAUCAUCACAACUGCUGCACCGACACGAACUCAGAUGAGUAGUAGCGUAUCAUCACCCAUCACCAUCACCAUGCCGAGCACCCGGACGCUGCCGGCCAAGGGCACCAUUCAGCUUCAGGGGGCGGGCGCCCAGCAGGUGGUGGCGCUGCCAGCGCAGGGCCUCCUGCCCAGCGGAGCCAUCACCAUCCAGAGCAAGCCGGGCACAUCGCCCGCGCAGAAGGUCCUCACCAUCGUGACCACCACGGCGGGGCCGCGGACGGCGGGCAUCACGCGGCUCGUGCAGAGUGGCCAGCAGCAGCAGCAGGUGACCGUGGUGAGCACCCAGGCGCUGAGCGGCCUGCCCAUCUCGGCCACGUCCACGGCGGGGGCCAAGGUGAUGAUAAUGGCCAACCAGAGCGGGACGCAGGCCGGCGGUGUGACGUACGCCACCAUACCAGCGUCAGCACUUCGGCUCGUAGAAGCGGCGGGCAUGGAAAGCAGCAGCGGAGGGGAAACAGAAGAGCAGACCAUAGCCGUGGAAGAAGCAGCAGUUCUGGAGGGAGACCUUCAGGAAGUUAUUUCCGAUCCAGCAGGGUCGCAAGAAGAGCCCCAGCAGGAAAUGUCCGAAGAGGCACAACCAGAACAGGAUGCACCCCUGCUAGCAAACACACCCUUGCAAGACGAACCCACGCAGGACGAUAUCCCACAGGACGAACUCCCGGCGGACGAAGCCCCACAGGAACAGCCUCCUCAGGAAGAAGCCCUGCAGGACGAAGCCCCCCAAGAUGUAGUCCCCGAGGAGAAACCCCUCGAAGAAGAACCCCCACAGGAAGAGCUGCCGCAGGAUGAAGCCCUGCAGGAAGAACCUCCGCCGGACGAACCCCAGCAGGCAGAGUUGCCGAAGGAGGAACCACCGCAGGAGGAAGAUCAUCCCGCAGAGGGCGCUGUGCCAGACACCGACAUUCCGCAGGACGCCGGGCAGGACCAGGCUGUUCCGGAGCAGGAUCCCAUGCAGGAGGCUGCAGAGGACACCCACAACGCCCUGCAGGAUUCGUCGCAGGAAGCCAUGGACACGACGGAGCCACCAGAGGACGAGGCCAUGGCGACCGAGGCGCCCGUAACUGCGGCGGCCACAGAAAACACAGACUCGUUGGCCACCCUGGCGUCGGCGGCCAUGUCGGCAGUGACGCCCACACCCAGCGCAAACACCAAUGGGAUAGCGCCUAUCAAAGUGGAAGAGAAGAAACCAGUGGAGGCUAAAGUGGUGGUUCCAGCCAAGCGUGAUGGACUCUGGUACGAUGUGGGCAUCUUCAAGGAGACUUCAUCGCUCGUCUCCCACUUCUUCUUGCCUUCGGAGCAGCUGGAGCGCAAAGAUGACGACGUAGACGUGGUGUCUGUGCCGGACCACUCCAUGCUGCAGAAGCAGGAGCUGCUCCCCGGCACGGCCUACAAGUUCCGGGUCGCCGCCAUCAACGCGUGCGGCCGCGGGCCCUGGUCCGAGGUGUCCGCGUUCAAGACCUGCCUGCCGGGCUACCCCGGGGCCCCCUCGGCCAUCAAGAUCAGCAAGGGCCCCGACGGGGCGCACCUCUCGUGGGAGGCCCCCCAGGGGAGCGCGGGGGACGUGACGGAGUACUCCGUGUACCUCGCGGUCCGGUCGGCCACCACGGGGGAGGGGGGGAUGGGCCCGGCCAAGACGGUCACCUCCAACCCGUCGCAGCUGGCUUUCGUGCGCGUCUACUGCGGCCCCCAGGCGGCGUGCACGGUGCCGUCUGCCUCCCUGGCGUCGGCGCACGUCGACACCACCAGCAAGCCCGCCAUCAUCUUUCGGAUCGCCGCGCGCAACGACAAGGGCUACGGGCCGGCCACCCAGGUCCGAUGGCUGCAGGAUGGGAUGAACGCCACACCUGGCCGCGGAAACAUUGGAGCCAAGAGGCCCGGCGACGGGAAAGUUGGCUCCUCCAAAAAGGUGAAGAAUGAAGAGACUUGAAUGGCCCGUUGGAUCUGAAGUUUUCCACCCUCUCCAGAACCGGCAAUUUCAUCUUUAUUCAUAUACAUUGUUUUGUUUUCCCAACCGAACAUGUCUGCACACUGUACAGCAACCAUUUGACGAGAAUGUCGUGUUGACAAAUAAACCCACCCCCAUUACGA